GGAAUGGAUUAGGGGGGCUUGUUCAUUGUUUUAUAUGUGGAAGCGGAGUUACACCGGGGAAGGAAUUAAGGUUACAAGUGACAUACCAAAAAGAGAGGGUUCCCUUUUUCCCGUUUCUACAAAAUCAGGAGCCAGCCCCGGGUGCGUGUGAAGUGAGCCCGGAUGGACAUGCGCUGGUGUGCGCCGUGUGCCACUGUUUUCUGGCGGAGCAGUGGAACUCCUUCGAGCGGAGCAGGACGCCCAUUGAGAAGCGCAUGUACUGGUUGAAACGGCCCUACCAGUGCGACUCACGGCGGGUCCCACAAGAGUGGAACAUCUCUUAUGAUCUGGAGAGGAGAAUCAGUGUCAGCAGCCAGAACUACGACGGGGGCGCAGAAUCGGAUUUCUCAUCUUUUUCGGACAACGAGAACAUAUCAGACCAGGAGAUGGAUUUAGUCGACAGAGCCGGUGUGGGCAAAGACAAGUGCCUGAGAGCAUCUGGCAAAUCGCCGAGAGACAGUGGCAGGAAAAACAAUGUCAUCAGUGUUAAAAACAGCCCAGAUUCACAGCGGGCGAUCCGCUACCCGGUGGGUGUUUACGGGGCGCAGAGAUCGCCGAAAGCGGAGAGUGUUCUGCCGGCGAGGCGCGGUGCUAAAAUUAUGAAUAACGUCUGUCAAUCAUCAGAAUCUCUGGCAAAGUCCCAGGAGAGAUUCCCCCAGCGAUGCUAUGACAGUCCUCUCUCUGACACACCUGUGCAAGACAACGGGGUCAUUAUGCGCAACAGGCGAUGGCAGGAGGAGGGGAAUGUCAGACAUGCGGAGCCGCGUCAGAUCCAGCGUGUUGCCGACAGCAGCUGUGCUCCGUCCAGACAUCCAUCGCUGCUGUACCGAGGAACCGGCGAGGAUCACACCAUCGCUGCGCUGUCAUCUGUUGGCACCGCUGCUGUCACCACUAAAUGUAACAUAGCUGUUCCCAGGGAGAAUAACUCUGACAACUCUGAUGAAGAUGAGAUCAACAUUACAAGUGAUGAUGACAGGGACAUGUAUGACAUCAAAACAGGCCCAGCGACUCAGUUUAGACCUGCCAGGGAUCUUUCAGCGAGAAAGUGUGCCCAGCCUCACACUACGGAUUCCAGGCCAGAAGAGUGUGUGUGCUAUAUCUGUGGCACCGGGCUCAGUCAUGAUGGCCGUUUUAAAGUCAGUGUUCAGAAACAGGAGAGGGCACAGGGCGAGCCCUUCUUUCCCUUCCUGUGGCUUCACUCCCCUCCCCGCGGUGCGGUGCCUAUCAGUCUGGCAGGUACAACCCUGGUUUGUGGCAGCUGCCACACCUCCCUCAUGCAGCAGUGGCAGAGCUUCCAGCUUGCGGAUGUGCCUGUCCUCCAGCGCCUCUAUGUAGUCCCCCUCAACCAGACCACCAGUGCUCUCCGUCCUCCCCAGCUUACUCCCCAGGAGGGAAAACCCUCACAGCCCAUGGAGUGCAUACCUGAACCCAAGCCUUCCCACGAGGCUUGUUUCCUCUGCGGUCAGGAGUGUGGGGGAGAUAUGAGAGUAGCAUAUGCACAAGCUGGUGUUGGCAAAUCCCGUGGUGUGAUGUAUUUUCCCUUCAUCAACAUGUUGCCUUGUCCACCUAACGCCCAGGCGGUGAGUAAUGGCCGUGUACACUGCUGCCCUCAUUGUCAUUUAAUCCUGGAGGAGAUCUGGAGUGCUUAUAGACUGAGCCUCAGCGAAGACCUCAUCACCUCUGUCAGCUCCUUCCUGGUCAGGUACCACGCUUCUAUGGCCAUUGAGGGGUCUGGACAAGCCCAUUCCCAGACAGGUGUUACCUCUCGCCCCAGCAGCUCCAUGUCGGUGUGUUACCUGUGUGGAGCUGAGCUGUGUGCAGGUGGAGAGUACCAGCUGCAUGUCAACCCACCUGGGCGUUGUGGAGAGAGGGAGCCUUUCUUCCCCUUUCUCACCGUCCACCCUCCUGCUCCCUGUGCCAAACCAGUCGAUGCUACAGGCUUGGUGUCGGCUUGUAACCUCUGCUAUCAUGACCUGCAUGCCCAGUGGGCCUUGCAUGAGAGCAAGAGCCUGGGUGCCUCCACCCCUUCUACCUCUAGCUUACCCAGUGCCAACCCCCAGCUGCCCAGCUCCCCCUGGGCCCGGCAGUACAGCUGUGAGGCUUUUGUUUGUUUCUUCUGCAGACAGGAGCAGCGCAGGCAAGGUAGACUGUGUGCUGUUACUGUGGCCAGGCUACCUGUGUUCCUGUAUGCCCCUCGCAGCACACGCACACUCUUGGUGGACGAUGGGAGAAGGCUGGUGAUUGGCUCGUGUGUGGAAUGUAAAGCCAUGGUGCAGGUGGGACAGAGAAUGCAGCUGGACAGGGAUAGACUGGGACAUGGAGCCUCAGACGGGGAGAGGAAAGAACAAGGAUCAGCCUCGCCACAGUCUAGACACAAGGCUAGCGCUGUGAUUGAGGGUGAGGCUGGAACCAGUAAGGAGGUGGACUCAGGUGGUUCAGGGCCCUCAAAACCUGCAGGUGACCACAUUCCUUCUCGCCCAGUGACCUUGGAGCCAGAAAAAGCUGACCAAGCUGACCACCCACUUCCCAGCAUGAGCCAUGAGCCAAAGUCACCAUCGUUAGGAAUGAUCUCCACGGCGACCCGUACCACGGCGACGGUCAGCCCCCUCACCCCGUCACCUCUCAACGGUUCUAUUGUAGCCAAUGGAAGCCCGGCUACCCAGUCUGCUCACUCUGGAUUUGCUGCAGCCCUCCGUAAACUGGCAAAACAGGCUGAAGAACCUCGAGCUGCAUCCUCCAUCAGCAGUGAGUCCUCUCCAGUGUCCUCCCCAGCCACCAACCACAGCUCUCCAGUCAGUACACCCAAGAGGGGUCCCCUCGGCCCAGGGCCUGUCCUGGUUCCCCCAGCGGGUCACAGUGUGCCAAACACUCCACCUGUAGUCACCAUUGCUCCAACAAAGACUAGCAACGGCCUCUGGAGGAACGAGGGACGCCAGGCUGACUCGGGGCCUCGUGGGGCCAGCAGGGAACGUUUGGGUGCUGAGGGGUCCCUCCCCCAGGAAAAGGGUGGCCCCUCAGUCCCUGCCCACCUCCUGGGAAACCCCUAUGCCUUUGGUCUCACCCCUGGUGCUGUCAUGCAGGAUUCACGUUUCCAGCCCCUCAAUCUGCCCAGACAGUUGCCUAAUGCAGUGCCCCCUGGUCCUGUGCCAGAAGAGUACCUCCGUGGUUUCCGGCCCUAUGCCACAACUGAGGAUGCCCUCCGCAUGCCCUCUUUGCCCUUGGGCCUGGACCCUGCCACUGCAGCUGCCGCAGCUGCCUACUAUCACCCCAGUUACCUUCCCCAUCCCUCGUUCACACCAUACAGGAUGGAUGACCCAUUCUGCCUCUCUGCUUUGAGGUCACCUUUCUAUCCGCUGCCAGCAGGGGGAGCUUUACCCCCCAUCCACCCCUCUGCUGUUCACAUGCACCUACCAGGGGUCCGCUACCCUGGGGAUUUCACACACCCUUCACUGUCUGCACUGCAGUCUGAGAGACUUCAGCUGGAGGAUGAGCUGCGGCAGAGAGAGAGGGAGCGCGAACGAGAGCGUGAGCGCGAAAAAGAGAGGGAGCGUGAAGCUGAGAGAGAGAAAGAGCGGGAGAGAGAACGAGAGAGGGAGAGAGAACGGGAGAAGGAGCUGGAGAGGGAGAGAGAGCGCGAGCGUGAGCGAGAAAGGGAGCGCGAGCGGGAACGGGAGAAGGAGAGGGAAAGAGAGAAGGAACUGGAGAGGCAGAAGGAGAGAGCGCUGAGGGAGAAGGAGCUGCAGGCAUCCAAGGCCAUGGAGAGCCACUAUCUGGCUGAGCUCCAUGCCAUAAGGGGACAGGAGGACCGAACCAAGCCUGAGAGACUCACCCCUAAUCGGGCUGAUAAAACCAAAGAGCCCGCCCUUCCAGCUCCAAAACCAGUCCCGCCAGGACUACACUCUUCAAUGGUUCAAACACAUCAUCCCGUCCCUGGUUUAAUCUCAGGCCAUGGUCUCUACAUGGGGCCCAGCACUGUGGGGACGGGGCUCGCGGCCUCAAUGAUUGCUCAGAGAACCAAUGAGGAGGAGAGGUGGCUGGCGCGACAACGCAAGCUGCGACAGGAGAAAGAGGAUCGUCAGUACCAGGUGUCUGAAUUCCGUCAGCAGGUUCUGGAGCAGCACCUGGACCUGGGCCGGCCGGCUGAUGCACCAGAUCACAGGACAGACUCACACAGAUCCAUAACAAAUCACCAUGAACCAGGAAGCCGGGACCUCCACCCUCACUUAGGCGCCCCUCCACCCCUCAUCUCCCCGAAACCUCCGCAGCCACCACGUGAACACCACCCUCCACCUCCCACCACCCUGUGGAACCCUGCAUCUCUCAUAGAAACAUCCUCAGAGUCCAGACGUAACCACGAGCCCUCAGGGAUGGGACACUAUGAGCUCAGUCGGCUUCCCCCAGGGCCCUCCAAAUAUGAGGAUGGAGCCCGAAGGAGAGAUGGGGGAGCAAUGGAAAAGUAUCCCCCGCUGAGAGGUCCUCCAGGCCUUACAGAGCCCAGCACAUUCCUCGCUGAUCUGGAGAAAUCCACCCAGUCCUUCUUCAGCCAGCAGAGGUCAUCAUUGUCCCUGUCCAGCCAGUAUGAACUGGAGGGAGGUGUGAAAAGCAGUGCUGGACUAAAGAGCCUCCAGGGACACCCAGGACACAGUAGACAUGGACAGGGGUUAGGAAUGAUUACUGGGUCAGGGGUAGGACAGGUAACUACACUGGGGAUGGGCCAGGACACAAUGCUGAUCUAUGAUGAGUACCUUCAGCAGCACCGAAGGCCUGUCAGCAAGCUGGACCUGGAGGAGAAGAGGAGAAGGGAGGCCAGGGAGAAAGGUUACUACUAUGAGCUGGAUGACUCAUAUGAUGAGAGUGAUGAGGAGGAGGUGAGAGCCCAUCUCAGGAGAGUAGCAGAGCAGCCCCCACUCAAACUGGAUGACUCCACAGAGAAAUUGGACUUUCUGGGAGUGUUUAACUUGACCACAAUGAGCCGACGGGAUGAGCUGGUGCAGCAGAAAAGAAGGAAGAGGAGGAGGAUGCUCAGGGAGCGCAGCCCCUCGCCACCUGCCUUGCAGUCAAAACGCACUCCUCCUCCUCCUCCUCAGCUCAGCACGCGCUUCACUCCUGAGGAGAUGGACCGAGCACCAGAGCUGGAGGAUAAGAAGCGGUUUCUCACCAUGUUCAAAUUGUCCCACGUCACUGUGCAGCAGAGAAGGGAUAAUGAAAAGGUGGUGGAGUUGCUUCAGGCCAUUAAAGAAAAGAGCGUAACCUUGGAUACCAUCAGACAUGCCCCUCAUCCGCUGUGUAAGAGCCCUUCAGCACAGAUCUCUGAUCCUGCAUUUGCCCAGCCUCCCUCUGAAUCAGAGGACCACCACAAUGUCAGACCACAUAGCCCCUCCUCACAUUGCCCAGCAUCCCCCAAUGGCCAUCCAAAACCCCUUGGGGACACAUUAAGACCAAAGGAACCCCCUUCUCCAGCUGUCUACCCAGACAAGGCCCGGGGGCCCAGCGAAGGACCGAUUUCUAAGAGGAGCUCCAGUCUGCUGAACAGCUUGCGGCCCCAACUCCCCCUUCAGGCUAAAGAGGGCCUUCACAGCGUUAAUGGACGCACCAAACCCUGGGACAGCUUCACCCCAGAGGAAUUUGCCCAGCAGUUCCAUGAAUCUGUGCUUCAGUCCACUCAGAAGGCUCUGCAGAAACACAAAGGAGGAACCACAGGGAUGUCGGAGUCGUCCCACCUCCAGGAGUCGUCUGUUCACUACAACAUUCCAGAGCUACAGAGCGCCCCUGGCCGACCACCACAGCCACAUUCACAGUCUCACUCGAAUACACAUUCAUUUCCCCACCCGCUCUCACUCUCUCACCUGCAGCCCAACGGGCAGCACUUCUCAGUACCGCCACACCGAGAGGCCUCAGGGACGAGAGAGGACCUGUCUGGUCCAGAGGACUCUGAGGAUGAGGAAGAAGAGGAAGAAGAGGAGGGUCCCGCUUCCAAGUGGCAAGGGAUUGAAUCUAUAUUUGAAGCUUAUCAGGAAUAUGUUGAAGAGCAAAGUUUGGAGCGACAAGUGUUGCAGAGCCAAUGUCGAAGACUAGAAGCUCAGAACUAUAACCUCAAUCUGACUGCUGAGCAGCUGUCUCAUAGCAUGGCGGAACUGAUGUCCCAGAGACAGAAGCUGGCAGUGGAAAGGGAGAAGUUACAAGCAGAGCUGGAGCACUUCAGGAAGUGUUUGACGCUGCCACAGACACACUGGCCGAGAGGUGGGCAUUACAAGGGCUACCCUCCCAGGUGACCCCAACACGCCGACCUUAUGGCCCCCAGGCCCCGGCCACCUCCCUUUUCAGACUGACACCCAGAGUUUAUUUUUCUUGGCCUGGUCCACAUGGCUCCACAGAGGAGAAUAUGGCCGGCUAGAUAAGAUGAAUGAGUGAAUGGAGUGAAUGGAUAGAUGAAUGCACGGGAGACAGGACCAUUCAGUGAAGGACAGGCAGUCUUUGGAUUGUGGCCAGCCAGGGACUGCGCCACAAGCCACUAACGUGUGCCAAUGUAGCCAACCCCGAGAUCAGCGUGAGUAUAGGGCAGGAGUACCUGAAGAUCAACACAAAUCACACAUGCACCUGCUUUUCACACAUUCUUCAGUCCCUGCUGCUCUGUUGUUCAGUCCCUGCAUCCCUCACCGCCACAUCUACACAGACAAUCCUGCCAAUGAGGGAGCAGCUACCCCAGGGAGGGGUGCCGUUAAAGAGACUUGAAUGCUCCAAAUCUCCAAACGAAGGCUUCUGGCCAGUCGGGACUGAUUUUAUCACAGUGGCCACGUGAGCUUUUGAACUGGAAAUGCACUUAAGAAUAAAAGCUGAAGAACUACCUGGUGGUACUGUGUUACAAAGAACUGUUCAAAUUAGGGAAGAAUUUAGAAAAUGCACAUUUUUUUUUGGAAAGAAUUAAGGAAAUGUUUUAUUUCGAAAUAGAAAAUUUGAGAAUAAGAAUUUUAAAAGGUGCUUCAGCCUUGUAUUGUAUAUAAUAUGAAGACUUAAAAGAAUUUUGUAUGUUUUUAUUACUUUAAUCAUUGUUCUUUUAAAAGAAAAAAAAGCCUGCCAUUUUUAUAUGUUUAUGCUUUUUGGGUUGGAAAAGAAAGCCUUGCUUUUAGUGUUUGUACUGCUGCUGGCCAGAACAGCUCAUUUUGACACAUUUAACAGAGUGAGAGAAAACAGGAUACGCUCCUCCUCCUACUCUCUCCUGGCACUGCGCAGCUGAGACCCAGCCACAGCCACCUCACCUGGCCCCUGAGCUCAGCAAAGCUUACUCAGAGGGCCGAGACAUGGCUCCUGCCCUCUCGUCCCCUUUCCUUCACAGAAACAUUUGUCUGUCUGUUUUAUCCCCCGUUUCAAAAACUCCUCCAGUCAGCUUCACUGCUGCUGGCAUGACUAGUUAGUUUAUAAUAUUCUCAUACAGAAACCAGUUGAAAUCCAGUGACAUACUUUUCUUUUUUUGUUUUUUUGUUUUUUUUUUUAAACUUCACUUGAAGUUGGGUCACGUGACUUACUUGAUUAUUUUGUAAAGACAUGAAGAGUCUCUUAAGCAGCCAGCUGAUGAAACUAGUUCUUGAUGCUUUAUCCUACCAUUGGACCUUCACCUCACUUUGUAUCACAUCAAUAGCAUUAGACUCAAACAGUAUGACGGUUUGCAUAAUGUUACGCCUUACAAGAUCAAGCCCUUAAACAGCAGUCAUGAGAGGACACAGUGCCAAAAUGAAAAAAAAAGAAAAAAAUAAGAAAAACAAACUGUAGCAUUUUGGAUUCUUAA